GUCAUUUCGGAACCCCGACAUGUAGUUGUGGCAAUUUUAGGACUCAGUUAAGUAUAACCCUAGUCUGGAAAAGAAACUAGAAAAAAUUGUUUAAAUUAUUGUUGAAAGUAGAAAAGCUAAACUAAAUAAAAAGCGAAAAUGGUGUUCAAGAAGUUGCUGUUCGUGUGCAUGGGCAACUCAUGCAGUUCUCCCAUGGCCGAGGUGAUUAUGCAGAAUCUAAUGGUCAAGACGAGCCUCUAUUGGGAGGUGGAUAGUGCCGGGCUGAGGACAUGGAACAUUGGACGCAGGCCACACAAACGGUGUCUGCAAAUACUACGCGAACACGGACUGCGAUCCGAUCACUUUUGUCGACAGUUCACUGCGAAUGAUUUUCGGUACUUUGAUUACAUUGUUGCCAUGGAUGAGGCUGUCUAUAGAGAACUUUUAUUCUGGGACAGGGAGAACCGUGGUGGGGACUGUGAAGUUCUACUUCUGAGUUCGUUUGGCAAAAAUGGUCUACCAUCUUAUAUAGACAGCCUGUCACCGACUCAGAAGCUUAAGAAUUUCCGGUCGGCCUAUUACCGUAUAAAGGAGUGCUGCAAGCACCUCAUCCUCAGCCAAAAGGUGGACAUUGUGAAAUAUGAAUUGCCCAGCACUGAGGAUGAAGACUUCUACUACGCCAACAAAGAGAAGGAAUCGCUGGGUGGAGCUGAAAAGGAUUACUCUCCAAUAGAGGAAAAUAGCAAGCACAGCGGUAUGUUUCUUCUGCCCAUGGAUAUCAGAUCCUCUGGCGGACUGACCUCGGCGACCGACCCAUCCUGCACGAAUGCAUCGAUGAACCACUGCACGCAGGGCCCACAACGAAAAUUAUGCCAGAAGUGUGGACAAAAAUUUCUGGCAGCUCUUUAAGCUUGAGGGUUCCGAACUGUAACCAAAUCAUAAACACGUUUAAAUCUUGCCCAAUAACUAUGUUGCGUAUGAAAAUGUUUGUCGGUGGCAAAAAUUAAACUGACUUUUAUCUGGCA